UCCACGCUCUUACAACACCACCAGGAAGAGACGCACUUGUUAUUUCUUCUUUCUGUAACUGAUUUUUUUCUCUUUGACAAAAGCAAAGAAGAAUCAGUCAUCAGAGGACGAAACGCGGUCACGCCUUCUGUGCUUCAAAUCUAUUGCGCGUCUACUCGGUGGUGCUUGGUACAUUAACGUGUGAGCGCUACAGUCUUCUUUUAGUAAAUCCUCAUUCGUGGUUAUGAAUAUGAAUAAAUAUGACAGCCUAACGGAGACGGUAGCGCCUUUAACACGCUCGCACGUUGAUCUACCACCCACCGCCGAGUAGACGUGCAAUGAACUUGAAGCGCAGAUAGCGUGGCCGCAGUAGAGGACGACGAAGAGAAAGACUUUGAAGAAGUUCGUUUCUGAACAGACAGCAGAUCUUUGUGAUUCUCGAGGUUAUUCGUGUUUUAAGCCUUCGUUCUUAAAGUGAAAGUAAAGUUUAGGUUGCUGGAGCUCAAACAGUGAAAAUGGCUUCAUCAGCUGAAUAUGACUAUAAUUGUCCCGUGUGCUAUGAUAUCUUCAAGUCUCCUGUUCUUUUAUCAUGUAGUCACAGUGUCUGUAAAGAGUGUCUUCAACAGUUCUGGAAAACCAAGAAAAGUCCGGAGUGUCCUGUCUGCAGGAGAAGAUCCUCAAAAUAUCGUCCUCCAGUAAAUCUGGCAUUACAAAACUUGUGUGAGUCGUUCCUGAAGGAGAGAAAUGAGAGUCUUUCAUCAGGAUCUGAGGAGAUCUGCAGUUUACACAGUGAGAAACUCAAACUCUUCUGUCUGGAAGACAAACAGCCGGUGUGUGUAGUGUGCAGAGAUUCAGAGAAACACGUCAGUCACACAUUCAGACCCAUCAGUGAAGUUGUUCCUUCAUAUAAGGAAGAGCUCAAUAUAGAACUGAAGUCCUUACAGAAGAAACUUCAACGCAAUGAAAACAUGAAAGGAGAGUUAGAGAAAACAGUUCAACACAUCAAGUCUCAAGCUGAGCACACAGAGCGUCAGAUUAAACAGCAGUUUGAGAAGCUUCAUCAGUUUCUCAGAGAUGAAGAAGAAGCUACAAUCACUGCACUGAGAGAGGAAGAGGAGCAGAAGAAGGAGAUGAUGAAUGGGAAGCUGAAGGAUAUGAACAGACACAUCUCAGCUCUUUCACACACAAUCAAAGACAUGGAGGAGAUGAUGAAAGCCAGUGACAUCUGCUUUCUGAAGGAGUUUCCAGUCACGAUGGAAAGAGUCCAGAUCUCAUCACAGCCGGAUCCACAGAUGCCUUCUGGAGCUUUGAUUAAUCUGCCGCGUUACUUGGGCAACUUGCCCUUCAGAGUUUGGAAGAAGAUGCAGGACAUCGUCCAAAACACUCCUGUGAUUCUGGAUCCAAACACUGCACGUCCAGAUCUCGUCCUGUCUGAUGAUCUGACCAGUGUGAGAUGGAGCGGGAACAAACAACCUCUUCCUGAUAAUCCAGAGAGAUUUGACUAUUAUUCCUGUGUUCUGGGUUCAGAAGGUUUUAACUCAGGAACACACUGCUGGGAUGUGGAGGUUAAAGAGAGUUUAGGCUGGAGACUUGGAGUAACUACAGCAUCAAACCAGAGGAAGGGACGUGUUUUCUUUAACACUGAUGUAUGGAGUGUGCAGUGCGGAUGGUCUAAUCAGUUUGGUUUUCCUGUUAAACAGGAUCUUGAGCGUGUGAGAGUGUAUCUGGACUAUGAGAGAGGAACAGUGUCAUUCUAUGAUCCUGUAACUACCACACAUUUACACUCAUUCACAACCAACUUCACUGACACACUUUUUCCUUUCUUCUUCAGUACUGACUCUCUGAGGAUCUUACCAUUCAAUAGUCAGUAAAUGUUACUCCUGUAGCUCUGGAUCGAUCUACUUUCAUCUUUUCAUCAUCUUUCCAUUAUUCAAUCCAUAUCACAAUUUCAAUAUUUGUUUAUUUCAGUUAAAUGAAAUGUAAAUACUUACUAUAAAAAUACUUUAUUAAAAUAUUUAAAAAUCUGAUUCUCAGAACAAAGUCUCUGGGACUCACUGAAAACCAUUCAAAAGUUUGACUCAGAUUCUGAACAAAGUUUAAUUAUUUGAUUAAUUGAAAAUGUGAUUAUAUGAUUUUGGUAAUGAAAGGUAAAAUGUUUGGUCAUGAUAAAUCGAGCAUCGCGUUAGUUCAGUCAGGCCAUGUUAGUCACACAUGCAUCAGCUGACAGUCGGCUGUUUCUGACGUGUACCUAUCCAGUCACCUAUCAUCUGCGGUCUAUAUGACAUGUUGUUUACAACUCAUGUAAUUGUGAAUUGUAAUUAUAUAUGCUUAUAAUGGUUAUGUUCUGUACCCCAAGGGGGUUUGUCUUGCUGCUCUCCCCACUCUGUCCAAGCAUGGCUGAAUGGACAGGCGUGUGGAGUGUUGCCCAGAACAUAACCAUACCGCCAACACUAACUGUAUGCAAUUAUAAUUGUCAUAAAUAUACUUGACGGAAGUGGUCCUGAUUGAAGUAGGGUAUAAUCAUGGAAAUGCAUUGAGUGGUUACCCUGAGAAGUGAUUAUUUAUGUUUCUCAAUAAAGUCAUAAAUGAAUGUAAUUGACUUGCUUGUUUAAAUCAGUCGUGUCUCUGUCAGCAGUUGAAACUUCAUUACAACACGACAAAAAUAAGAAAGAAUCUGAUUAAAAAUGAUUGACUCAGCAUUCUGAUGUUUCUUAGGUGGAGGAUUUAUUUAUCUGGAAAAGGUUUAAUUAAUGUCAAAUACUAAAAAUUAUAUUCUAUGGAAAUGCACAUUAAUAAUGUAGUGGAUACUACUGAUUUAUAUAGAAGCCUCUAUUUUUAAUUUAAGAGAUUCGAUUAUAGAAAUAAAAGGCAUAUAGGUUACAAUGAACUGUGCUGUUAAAGGGAUAGUUCACUCUCAAAUUAAAUUUUGGUAUGUUUUAGCUUACCUCAAGGACAUCCAAGAUGUAUGUUUCUCUGUUUCCUCAGUAUUUCCCAUUUUGAUAUUUUUAGGUCCAACCAGUCUUGUCUGUGACUCACAUAAUGGAUGUCUAUGGUCACCAUCUCAAAGAGCAUGCACAGAGGAGUCAAAAUUAAACAAUCCCCCAUCGUAAGUACACAUUGAUGACCUAAGACACGAAACGAGUGGUUUGUGUAAGAAAACGAACAGUAUUUAUAUCGUUUUUACCUCUUAAAACAAGGGGAGUCCGCCUUUAGUUACUAUGCUGCCCACAGUUGGAAUCAGCUUCCAGAAGAGAUCAGAUGUGCUAAAACACUAGUCACAUUUAAAUCUAGACUCUAAACCCAUCUGUUUAGCUGUGCUUCUAUUGAAUGGGCACUGUGCAAUGGCUGAACCAAUUGCACUGUAUUUUAUAUAUUCACUGUAUUUUGUGUAAAAUAAUUUUCUAUUUUUAACCAUUUUAAAUUCAUUUUAAAUAAGUCCAUCUUUAAAUAAUUUCCAAAGUUUUAAAAAUGCUUGUUUAUUUUUGUAUUAUUUUUCUUCAUGACUAUUUUACUUUCUUUUAUGUUAAACACUUUGAAUUACCAUUGUGUACGAAAUGUGCUAUAUAAAUAAACUUGCCUUGCAUUGCCUCUGUAUUAUUUACAUCUAAAUCCUUAUGACCGCCAUCAGUUCGUAGCAGUGAAUGAAGAUGUAUCAUAUCAAUCACAAGUGCAGUAUGGAGUACCUCAAGGCUCAGUACUAGGGCCGCUACUCUUCACGCUUUAUAUGUUACCCUUGGGAGAUAUCAUCAGGAAACAUGGUGUUAGUUUUCACUGUUAUGCUGAUGAUACGCAGCUCUAUAUUUCCUCGCAGCCUGGUGAAACACACCAAUUUGAAAAACUAAUGGAAUGCAUAGUCGAUAUAAAAAAUUGGAUGACGAGUAAUUUCUUACUGCUAAAUUCAGAAAAAACAGAGGUGUUAAUCAUAGGGCCUAAAAACUCUGCUUAUAAUAAACUAGCACACUGUCUAAGACUUGAUGGUUGCUCUGUCAAUUCUUCGUCAUCAGUUAGGAACCUAGGUGUGCUACUUGAUCGCAAUCUUUCCUUAGAAAGCCACGUUUCUAGCAUUUGUAAAACUGCAUUUUUCCAUCUCAAAAAUAUAUCUAAAUUACGGCCUAUGCUCUCAAUGUCAAAUGCAGAAAUGUUAAUCCAUGCAUUUAUGACUUCAAGGUUAGACUAUUGUAAUGCUUUAUUGGGUGGUUGUUCUGCACGCUUGGUAAACAAACUACAGCUAGUCCAAAAUGCAGCAGCAAGAGUUCUUACUAGAACCAGGAAGUAUGACCAUAUUAGCCCGGUCCUGUCCACACUGCACUGGCUCCCUAUCAAACAUCGUAUAGAUUUUAAAAUAUUGCUUAUUACUUAUAAAGCCCUGAAUGGUUUAGCACCUCAGUAUUUGAAUGAGCUCCUUUUACAUUAUACUCCUCUACGUCCGCUACGUUCUCAAAACUCAGGCAAUUUGAUAAUACCUAGAAUAUCAAAAUCAAUACUUUCUACAUCAUUAGAAGAAUGGCAUCUACGCUAAUAUUUGUCUGUUUCUCUCUAGUUCCGAGGUCACCGUGGCCACGAGAUCCAGUCUGUGUCCAGAUCAGAGGGUCAUUGCAGUCACCCGGAUCCAGUACGUAUCCAGACCAGAUGGUGGAUCAGCACCUAGAAAGGACCUCUACUGCCCUGAAAGACAGCGGAGACCAGGACAACUAGAGCCCAGAUACAGAUCCCCUGUAAAGACCUUGUCUCAGAGGAGCACUAGGACAAGACCACAGGAAACAGAUGAUUCUUCUGCACAAUCUGACUUUGCUGCAGCCUGGAAUUGAACUACUGGUUUCGUCUGGUCAGAGGAGAACUGACCCCCCAACUGAGCCUGGUUUCUCCCAAGGUUUUUUUCUCCAUUCUGUCACCGAUGGAGUUUCGGUUCCUUGCCGCUGUCGCCUCUGGCUUGCUUAGUUGGGGUCACUUCAUCUACAGCGAUAUCAUUGACUUGAUUGCAAAUAAAAACAGACACUAUUUAAACUGAACAGAGAUGACAUAACUGAAUUCAAUGAUGAACUGCCUUUAACUAUCAUUUUGCAUUAUUGAGACACUGUUUUCCAAAUUAAUGUUAUUCAGUGCUUUGACGCAAUGUAUUUUGUUUAAAGCACUAUAUAAAUAAAGGUGAUUGAUUGAUUGAUUGA